AUGUCGAUUAUGAGCUACAAUGGAGGCACGGUGCUCGCCAUGGCGGGCAACGAGUGCGUGUGCCUGGCGACCGACUUGCGUUUCGGUGAGCAGAUGACGACGGUCGCCGUCGACCAGAAGAAGAUUCACAAGAUCUCCGAUAAGGCGUACCUUGGACUGGCGGGAUUUGCCUCUGAUGCCAAGACUGUCCUCGAGAAGGUCCAGUUCCGGAAGAGCCUGUACGAGCUGCGCGAGAACCGCAAGAUGAAGCCGGAGGUGUUGGCCACGAUGGUCUCCAACUUGUGCUACCAGCACCGCUUUGGAUCUUACUUCACCGAGCCGUUGGUCGCAGGGCUGGAUCCGGUGACGCACAAGCCCUACAUUUGCGCCAUGGACACGAUCGGUUGCAUUGCCGCACCACGAGACUUUGUCGCCGUCGGCACUGGGCAAGAAUACUUAUUGGGCGUCUGUGAAACUUUCUGGCGCGAGAACAUGAAUGCCGAGGAGCUGUUCGAAGCAACUGCCCAAUCAAUGCUGUCGGCCCUCGAGCGUGACGCUGCCAGUGGAUGGGGAGCCGUCGUCUACACCAUCACCAAGGACAAGGUGAACAUCAGCACAAUCAAGGGACGCCUCGAC